CAGGAUGUCUGAUCUCAGAGGAAGGCUCUGCUUAUCUGGCCUCAGCUCUGAGGUCCAACCUAAGAGAACUGGACCUGAGCUAUAAUCAUCCAGGAGACUCAGGAGUGAAGCUGCUGUCAGCUGGACUUAAGGAUCCAAACUGGAGACUGGACACUCUCAGGAUGGACCAUGGUGGACCGCAGUGGUUGAGACCUGGACUGAGGAAGUAUGUCUGUGAACUGAAACUGGACACAAACACAGUAAACAGAGGACUCAAACUGUCUGACAACAACAGUACAGUGACAUAUGUGUUAGAGGAUCAGUCAUAUCCUGAUCAUCCAGAGAGGUUUGACUUCUGGCCUCAGCUGCUGUGUAGAGAUGGUCUGACUGGUCGCUGUUACUGGGAGGUCGAGAGGAGAGGAGAGGUUCUUAUAUCGGUGAGUUACAGAGGAAUCAGAAGGAAAGGAAACAGUACUGACUGUGUGUUUGGAGGGAAUGAUCAGUCCUGGAGUCUGAGCUGCUAUGAUGAAGGUUACUCUGUCUGGCACAAUGACAAAGAAACAGCCCUCCCGUCCUCCUCUGUCUCUAACAGAGUAGCAGUGUAUGUGGACUGUCCUGCUGGCUCUCUGUCCUUCUACACAGUCUCCUCUGACUCACUGAUCCACCUCCACACCUUCAACACCACAUUCACUCAGCCUCUCUAUCCUGGGUUUAGGGUCUGGUCAGCUGGUUCCUCAGUGUCUCUGUGUCCUCUGCAGGACUGAGAGUCUCUCCUGUGGACAGAAACCCUGACUGAAGAUCAGCUGCUGAAAUCAAAGUUCAGUCUGUUCACCAUCACACACACUCCAGACCAAACAUGAAGAAUUUGUUCCAACAAAUCACACGUCAAUUUAAACAUUCGAGUCCUUCUGUCUCUACGCUUGUUUUCACACCGAAUCCGAAACUUCCAUUUGUUUUGUCUUCCAUAACUGUUUAACUUAAGUAAAAACAAGCCAACCGAUAAAAUGACUUUUGUUAAAUGCAAUCAACAGAUUCUCUCAGACGUCAAUCUCUGUUCAUACUGUCACACAGAUCAUGUGUUUCCAGGUGUGCGUGUGUGUGUGUGUGUGUGUGAGAGAGAGAGAGACAUCUGAAGGACCAAAUUGGAGGAGCUGAAGCAGAACACAACAUCUGAAUGUUCAACAGUCUGAGCAAUGUCACAGAUUAAUGGAGCUCUGAGUAUCUGUUCCUUUGGAGGACGCUGAUGCUAAUUAGUCUCUGUCAACACUGAUUACAUCUUAUAUAUAUUCUUUAACUGUCUGUGGCUCAGACGCCUCCCACUGUGACGUGACAGCAAGCUACCAUGACAUAUGGCCUCAUUCUUAAUAAUUUACGUGUUGAGACUAGAGAUUUGCAGUGAUGGAAAAUCUCAGACUUCAUUCCACAUGUAACCAAAACUGUGUAUGUUAAUGGAACAUUUAACAACUCCUUUAUUUUUGUGGAAUGGCCACCACAUUCUGUAAAUACCUGGAAAUUCAUAGCCUGGCAUAAACAAUAUUUAAAAAAUCCCCGGAUUACAUGUUGAUCACUAAAUAACAAUGUUGCCUAUGCGUAGCACACAGAUGUCGCUACGCGUUUUUGGAUUACUGACAACGAGUCUUAAUUUAAAUAUAUUUAUUACAAAAAAGACUAAAAAGUGUAAAUUACAUGUUGAGCACUUGUGAACUACAAAAAAGUCCAACCUACCAAAAAAAAGCUGCCAGUUGUGAUGUUUGGCUUCAGACCUUCUGUCUGCAGUCUGGAAGCAACACCAUCAGCUGAGUCUGAUCGCCCUUCAUGUUGAAUAUACUUGUGUGUACAGUAUAUAGCAAUGUUUGAAUGAAUGUUAAAAUGAAGAUACACAUAUCAUUAAUGUAUUUUUAGAGCUUGUAUACCUAACGAGUGAUAAUUAAAACUGGUAGCAUCUGAAUAUAAUUAUUCAGUUAGAAGCUUCCUGUGUCCAGGUCAUAUAUUUGAUGGAAAAAUAGACAUUAAAAAACAGUUUCUAUUAUAUACACACCUAAAAACUUAAAGACACAGACAAAGCAGUUAAUUGAAUGCUUUUAUUUCUUUAAUGCCAAUCUCUAAUAUAGUAAAUAAUCUAUUCAACGUCUCUCUUUGGCUUCUGUCUCCCUGCUCUCUUUUGGUUUAUUUCUCCUCACCCUCAUCUCUCCCUUCUGGUGAUGCUAGUGCAGCGCCUGGCCCUGGUUUGACCUCUUGGAUCGGGGCAGACUGCUGCAGACUCCCCUAAUGCCCCAUCCAUGUUGACAAACCAGGGGCAACUUGCUGCCGUGGCUUCCAUCCUCAGUGAAUGCCCCCGUUUGUUCCUUGGUCCCUGUGGAAAGACAGCCGACACAGCAAAAAGAUGUUUACCGUUAUGAAUGCUAUAACAUGACGUUAUACUUUUAAGUGGGAAUCUACUCACACAUUUUAGCUUUCAUUUAACAUUGCUAGUAAAGUAAACAAGGUGCAGAUUUACCUCCCAUCCUCAGCUACAGCUGAUAAACACAUCCAUCCAAGU